AUGACCGAGAGUGCCGUUGCGAACGGCGAUUCGAAGUCGGCUUCCAAGUUCGAUACGACCUUCACUCAGAACGUUAUCAAUGCAACGGGACCUAAAGCCUCGCCGCGCAUACGGCAGGUGAUCGGAAGCGCCAUACAGCACCUCCAUGACUGGGCACGAGAAAACGAGCUCACAGUCGACGAGUGGAUGGCAGGAGUGGAACUUAUCAACGAAGCCGGCCGCAUGUCGGACGACCGCCGCAACGAAGGCCAGCUUGUCUGCGACGUCCUAGGCCUUGAAUCCCUUGUCGACGAGAUCACCUACAAGCUUGCCACAGACGCCUCCGACGCGCCGACCGCAAGUGCAAUCCUAGGCCCCUUCUGGCGGAAAGACGCUCCUCAGCGCGCCAUGGGCGACACGAUUGUAUCUGGCAUAGAGAAUGGGGAUAACACAUGGAUGCACGGCCAGGUGACGGAUUACCUAACGGGCAAGCCGAUUGAGGGCGCGGAGUUGGAUAUAUGGCAUACGGCGCCCAAUGGGCUGUAUGAGCAACAGGAUCCGGACCAGCCUGACAUGAACCUCAGGGGUCGGUUCACGACAGGGAAGGAUGGGAAGUACGAAAUCUAUUGCUUGAGGCCGACGAGCUAUCCGAUCCCGUUUGACGGCCCCGCUGGGAAGAUACUUCAGCUGUUAGACAGACACCCGUACAGGCCGGCGCAUAUACACUUUAUCGUCACUGCGCCGGGAUACAAACCAAUAGUGACUCAGAUUUUCGAUCGCCGCGAUAAGUACAUUACCGACGACGCUGUCUUCGCCGUCAAGAACUCCUUGAUAGUGGACUUCGAGCCGCUCAAGGGCAACCCGAAGGCGGACUUUGAGCUCUCAUAUGACUUCAGGCUGGCGACCUACGAAGAAGCAAAGAACAACUCGCUUGCCGGUGCGACAGAGGUGACCACUGCUGAAGGAUGA